CGCAGGGGACCAUCCAUGCACUGCCCAGGCUACCCUGCCUCUUCCUUCUGUCUUGCAGGAACAACGUGUUUGAUCGCUCUACUCUCAGAUAAAGACCUCACCGUGGCCAACGUGGGUGACUCUCGAGGAGUCUUGUGUGACAAAGAUGGCAAUGCCAUUCCCUUGUCUCACGAUCACAAGCCUUACCAGCUGAAGGAGAGGAAGAGGAUAAAGAGAGCUGGUGGAUUCAUCAGCUUUAAUGGCUCCUGGAGGGUCCAGGGGAUCCUAGCCAUGUCUCGAUCCCUGGGAGAUUAUCCGCUGAAAAAUCUCAACGUGGUCAUCCCAGACCCAGACAUCUUGACCUUUGACCUGGACAAGCUGCAGCCUGAGUUCAUGAUCUUAGCGUCGGAUGGCCUGUGGGAUGCUUUUAGCAAUGAAGAAGCAGUUCGAUUCAUCAAGGAGCGCUUGGAUGAGCCGCACUUUGGGGCCAAAAGCAUCGUCCUGCAGUCCUUUUACAGAGGCUGCCCUGACAAUAUUACAGUCAUGGUGGUGAAGUUCAGGAAUAGUAGCAAAACAGAAGAGCAGUGAGCCCUACAGGAUCUCAGCUGCCCCAAACUAGAGGACGCUCAACAUACUGUUCUCUUCAUGUAGUAAACAGUGUGGGAAUUAUAAUUAGGAUCAUGCAUCCCAACACAGAACCCCCUUCCCUGAUGGCCUUGAAUCCCUUUGGAGUGCUGAGCUGAGGGUUCCCUGGCUGACAUAGAAGAGAGGCUGCUAGGUUUGUGCUCCCCCAGCCCUUCUAUCAGUGUUUGAAAUGCAUACAUAGGUAGCCGUAGAUCCCACAUGUGAGGCAAAAGAAAGACAGGCCAUGUAUUUUCCUUCUUAAUGUACUUUUCAUGAUCUCUUUCCUGGUCCUUCAGGAACCUGCCUUGGUGUCCUCUCCUGCACCUGGGAAGGGCGAGCCGGUGUUGCCCGUCCAUCACCGUGAUGAUGUGGUAGCCACACCCUCUGCCUCAAAGUAGUUCCCUCAGAAAUGCUCUCCCCUUCUGAGUGUUGGCCUUUAGUACUCCAGCAGCCUGCAAGGAGACGGGCAACCCUUAGUCAUGUGUUGCCUGCUCCUAGAGACCGAGGCAUGGAAAG